AUAUAAACUGUUGAUUUCUCAGUUUAAUUUAACGAAGAGAAAGAAAAAAGUAAACAGUGAAUUAAAAUUGUUGACGAUGGUUUAAUUGUGAGAAUUGCGAUUUUAUUGUUAAAUUGUGUAAUUUUAAUCCAGAUUAACAUGAUGAUGAUAUGAUAUCCAAGAAGAAAGGAAACCGGAAAAUCAGUGAUUCGGUGGUAGGUAAAUACGUUAAGCGAGAUAAUCCAGUUGAGAUUCCUAUCACCAAUGUUUGGACCAAUUUAAAUCGUCACAAUGUUAAAAGAAAAGAGAAAUCAUCGGAUGGAGAUUUUGAUUCAAUCGAUUCACAGCCAAAGACGUUAACGGAAAAAUGCGCUCGAGCUCAGCAAUCGAAAGAUUUUAAUAGAUUCAGGCCUAAUUAUGGUCCGUCAAGUUCAACAGUUAGUGGAAUCAUGUGUACCACCAGUGCAAACAAUUUAACUAAUCUUGGAUCUUAUCGUAAUCUUCAACAACACCAACCUCAACAUGGGAUCAAUUUUUACGGAACUCGAGUUAUGUCCCAUGGAAGUCUUGAAACUCGGACCGUUCCUACGACCAGUAACAUGGGUGUUUUUGGUACAACAUUUCCCGGUUAUCAGCCGACAAUCGUGUUCCCUGGUUUGGCUUCAAUUUUGUCCCAAAGUCGAGUCGAUCCAACCUGUAAAACUAACCUAGAUAGCAAUUCUCAUAGUCGAGUCUCAUUAACCUCUCAAAAUAGUUCCUUUCGACAAUCAUGUGAAGAUUUACCGCCCGGAUGGUCAACCGAUUACACGAUGAGAGGUCGUAAAUAUUAUAUUGACCAUAACACUAAAACAACCCACUGGUCUCACCCGUUAGAGAAAGAGGGUCUACCCACCGGUUGGGAAAGAGUUGAAUCUUCAAUACAUGGAACUUAUUAUGUUAAUCAUAUCACUGGUCGAGCUCAAUAUGAGCAUCCAUGUGCCAAUCAAUAUGGUGCUUUACAAAUUGUCAAUAGAGAAGCGAUUUGUGAUCCGAAACGGACUUUGUUACCGUUACCAAAACCUUCAAUUCACCAGCACAACGUUUGGGUUCCAGCGAAUCCAUACCUCACCGAAGAGAUACCAAAGUGGCUUUUUGUUUAUUCUCGAGCUCCUUUUGAAUUAGAUCAUCUCUUAAAGUUUGAACUUUUCAAUCUACAAGAACUACAAGGAUACGAAGCGAUGAUAAAUUUACUUUAUCGACAAGAAUUGGAAGAAAUUGUUAUGGCCUUCGAAGCUUAUAGAAGAAAAUUACAACGGGAAAUUGAGAGUCGUGAACGGAAAGAGGUUAAAGAUAGGCUUCAGGAGAGACGAUUAUUGGAACAUCAUUCAUCUUCAUUGGAAAGUCAUUCUUCAUCAGUCGAUUCUGUUGAAGUUAAUUUGUGAACCAAUUGACAGUCUAAUUGAUUAUUGUUUCUCUGUUGAUUGUGUUAAAUGGUGAAAGGAAGAGCAAUAAUCAAAUCUAUUACAAUUAAGCUGUAUAAAUUAUUGUACAAAAGCUUUUCCUUUCACUCUAAGUGCUUGGGUUUCCCAUUCAAAAUGCUGUAUCAUCGGCAUCAAGAUUGUUCAUCGUUUUUACAUAUUAAAUCAUAUUAUUUGUUGAAUGA